AUGUACGGGGAUGGAGAGAGCACCGUGUGGGACCGGGUCGGUCGUCCCCAUCUGGACUGCAUGUGCUACCUUGGACCUCCGACUACUUUGAUGCCGAUCGGGAUGCGCAGGUCGCCCGACGUGAGCCCCAGACGGCUGUCGGACAUCAGCCCGCAGCUCAGACAGCUCAAGUACCUGGUGGUGGACGAGGCCAUCAAAGAGGACCUCAAGUCCUCCCGCUCAGUGGAGGACAUCAACAGCGCCUCCAUAGAGGAGCGAAUCCUGCGCAUCACCGGCUACUAUGGAUACCAGCCCUGGAACGCGAGCCACAAGAGAGAAGAACGCACCAGGGAGAAUGUGGUGGGCACCACGGAGGCACAGACGACCGGCGGCGCGGCGGGAGCAGAGUCCGACUCCAAAAAACGGAGGCUCCACUGCUGCAUCAGAGUCACGACUGUGCAGGUGCGGAAGGCCCUGUGGGGAGUCGCCAUGGUGAUUUGCGUGUGCUCAUCCUGGGCAGGCUCCACCCAGCUGGCCAAGCUGACCUUUAAGCAGUUUGAUGCCCCCUUCACCAUCACCUGGUUCGCCACCACCUGGAACUGCCUCUUCUUCCCCCUCUAUUACAUCGGCCACCUGUGCAAGAGUCCAGAGAGGCAGACGCCCAGGCAGAGAUUCAGGGAGUGCAGCAGGUUUUUCGGGGACGACGGGCUGACCCCUAAGGUGUUCUUAACCAAAGUAGCUCCCUUCGGCCUCCUGUGGAUCCUCACCAACUACCUGUACCUGCAGGCCCUCAGGAAGAUCAACACAACAGACGCAUCGGCACUCUUCUGCUGUAACAAGGCCUUCGUCUUCCUGCUCUCCUGGAUUGUGCUCAGAGAUCGCUUUAUGGGCGUCAGGAUAGUAGCUGCUAUCUUGGCCAUAGCCGGCAUCGUGAUGAUGACCUACGCCGAUGGAUUCCACAGCCACUCAGUCAUCGGCAUUACGUUCGUUGUGGCCUCUGCAUCGAUGUCAGCGCUCUACAAGGUGCUCUUUAAGAUGGUCCUGGGCAGUGCCAAAUUUGGAGAGGCCGCACUCUUUCUGAGCAUCGUUGGGAGCGCCAACUUUGUCUUCAUCAGCUUCGUGCCGGUCAUCCUGUACUUCACCCACGUGGAGAACUUCGGCUCGCCUGAGAACAUCCCCUGGGCCUACCUCUGUGGGGUCGCAGGCCUGCUGUUUGCUUUCAACGUCCUGGUGAACUUUGGCAUUGCGAUAACGUACCCGACAUUAAUCUCACUUGGCAUCGUCCUAAGUGUUCCUGUAAAUGCCAUGGUGGACCUCUACACAUGUGAAAUCCAUUUCAACACGGUCCGCCUCAUCGCUGUGUUCAUCAUCUGCCUGGGCUUCCUCAUGCUGCUGCUACCGGAGGACUGGGACCAGUGCAUCAUCCAGCUCAGCACCAAGCUGCGCAAACGCGACGAGCCAGCAGAGGGCAGUGUCGAGGCGGGUGCCACCACGGGGAUCAACUGGAGAGGGAGAGCCAGGACCGCCACCUUUAUACAUUGA